CGUCGCCUCGCCUCGACCAGCUCUUCCAUCCCUUUGCCACUCUCAUUGCUUUAGAGGCAAAGCUUCCGAAUCAAAGAUUAGAAGUAUAGAGCAUGAUACUUAGCACUAGUUACUGAACACAUACGGCACCAUUGUACAGCUGAUAAUCAUCCUCUCGACCGUGUUUGCCAAGCGCAAGAUUACAACACACUCUAGAUCUACUCUGAAAACGCUGCUUGCUCCGCCUUUCUUCCAACGAAGAUGUCUCCAACAGAGCUACGUCCGGAAGCUCCGGUACCUCAACCUUUCUUUAGCGCGGGGAAUCCUAUGCUAAAGCGAUUCGAUGAGACAUCAGGAAGCAGCAGGAAGGCAACUCCAAUACCAGCAGGGACUCCCGCUAUGGCGCCAACCCCUCCGCAUACAGUCGUAGGUAUCGGGAACAAAGUUGCAAAACCUGAUUACUCAGAAGCAAAGAUAGUGCUCGCAAUGGUUGGCCUUCCAGCUCGUGGGAAGUCUUAUCUGAGCAAUAAGCUUAUGCGAUAUCUGAAGUGGUUGGAAUACAGCGUCAAAGUAUUCAAUGUUGGUCAACUGCGGCGAUCCCGUGCACGUCAAAAGGCAUUACAAAGUGGGAUUAAAGAGGACCACACUGCGAACUAUUUCAGUCAUGGAAACGAGCAGGCCACGAAGCUACGUGACUCGCUUGCAGAAGACAGCUUGGAGAUGCUUAUUCAGUGGCUUAAGGACGGUGGAAACGUCGGAAUUCAUGAUGCGACGAACAGCACAGUCAGUCGUCGGCAAAAAAUCAGCGCGCGCGUCGCUCGCGAGCCAGGAAUCAAAGUUAUUUUCCUCGAAUCUUUAUGCACUGAUCAGGCCAUCAUCGACGCAAAUGUGGCAUUGAAGGUUUCCUCAGGAGAUCCUGACUAUGCGCAUAUGUCGCGAGAAACUGCCAAGACGGACUUCCUCCGCCGCAUAAGUGAAUAUGAGAAAGUUUACGAGACUAUUAGCGACACGAAGGAGCCACGGCUUAGUUACCUGAAGAUCACCAACGUUGGACGAGAAGUGUCUGUUUCGCAUAUUCAUGGGUACCUUCAGAGCCGUAUUGCAUUUUAUCUGAUGAACUUGCACAUCAAGCCGAGGAGUAUAUUCUUCACGCGGCAUGGCGAAAGUCAGUACAACAUUGAAGGCAAGAUUGGUGGCGACUCUCCGCUCUCGGAAAGGGGUAUGCAAUAUGCAAGGGCCUUACCUGCGCUCAUCACGGAUAACAUCGGAAAUGCAUCGCUUACCGUAUGGACCUCGACACUGCAGAGAACAAUCCAGACCGCACAACAUCUAGAAUAUCCGAAGCUUACAUGGAAGUCCCUCGACGAACUUGACGCGGGUGUAUGCGAUGGAAUGACGUACGACGAGAUCGAGGAGAAAUACCCGGAAGACUUCGAAGCACGGGAUGACGAUAAAUUUAACUAUCGGUACCGAGGAGGGGAAUCAUACCGAGACGUCGUCGUACGCCUUGAACCAGUCAUCAUGGAGCUCGAGCGACAAGAAAACAUCCUCAUUGUAGGACAUCAGGCGAUCCUGCGUUGUUUAUACGCCUAUUUCCACGAUUUACCGCAAGCCGACUUACCUUACAUUAAGAUUCCUCUACAUACCGUCAUCAAACUCACUCCCAAGGCGUAUGGCUGCGACGAGGAACGUUAUACUCUCCCGAUCGGUGCAGUAGACACGCAUCGUCCAAAGCCGCAUGCAAACAAGCAGCUGGAGAUACCAGCGCAAACUUCCGGACGCGAGUACUACGGUACAGAGAAGUAGGCGGGCUACAUAUGGACAGGAACUUGUUUGUCCAGAGUGAUUGCCACACGUUCUACUUGGAAGACAGACUAGGCCUCAGUCUUCAGUUGCUUCACAUUGUACACAUUUAUGUGGUUAAUGAAAUGAUGUCGACUCUCCUCCUGAGCGAAGAGAUAACCAAGGGAAAAUAAAGAUAGAAUAGAUUGUAGUUGUAGAUCGGAAGAUUGUUGCUUUACAGUCCGCUUGUCUGCUCUUAAAUAAUACUGUUCAUAUUGUUUCU